AUCAUGUCUGCCGACCAAAUCUCCGACGAGGUCGCUCUGGACUUCCAGGAAUCUCUGCAAGACCUCCAGAACAACAACAGAUAUGAGAUUAGCAACCUGACCAUCAUCGCCAAGGAGAACACCGAACACGCCCAGGCUAUAGCUAUGGUUCUGGAAAAGCACAUCAAGACGGUAAGACCCAAAAAUAAAAACAAGAUUUGNACUGCCCCUGGACGCAAGCUGCCUGCGCUUUAUGUACUGGACUCAAUUGUGAAGAACGUUGGCACCCCGUACACAGUUUACCUUGGAAGAAAUCUUUUCUCUACCUUCAUGGACUCGUACACUCUUGUAGAUAGCCAGACAAGAAAAAGCAUGGAAGCCAUGUUGAAGACCUGGAAGGAACCGGUACCUGGCUCUAUGGACCCAAGGCCAGUCUUUCCUGCAGAAGUCACGCGCACCAUCGAGAAUGCGCUCAUCAAGGCAAGAACGGCCGCAGUGCAACUGCAAACCAGAAACCGCACUCCUCUCAAUCUGCCUGGACGACCCAUGUCGACAAAUUAUAGAAACACGCCUACCCCACCGCACAACGCCAACCAGUUCCAGCCGCCUCCACAAGAUUCGUAUCAGAAUGGAUACCGAAGCCAACAGGUAUCUAUCAUCCCAAUUUUAUCAUCAUCCAACACGACUAACAUGCUNCAAGCCAACCCCCAACAAUUCUUAUCAAACCAGCUACCUCCUGAUAUCGCGCGUUCACUGUCAGCUGUACUCAACCCUCAGGAUGAUCUCAAUAAGCUGAAGGCCGAUAUCCAUGGCUUGAUCGCAGGUUUCCAGACCGAGUUUGCGCGCAACCCAUACGAUUCGCAGGUGCAGACCAAGCUCAAGGCUCUCCUCGACCUCCAAGCCGUUGUGCAAACCCAACAAUUGAAUGCCGAUGCCAUUAGCAUGAUCAAGAAGCAGGUGGCACAGUUACAAGCGGUGCAAUCACAGCCCAACCCUCCUCCUUCCGCCGCGCCUCAACAAUCGCAGUGGCAAGCUCCUACUCCUGUCAAUCUUCCAUUCCAACCUCCGCCACCUGUUCCUCGGGGCUUUGCACCUACUCCUUCAGCACAGCCACCCGUCGCCCCUCCUGCAUUCGCUCCAGGUAUUCUUGAGCAGCUUUUGGCAUCCACUGCGAAUGGACAGAAGCCAAGCACGCCAGUCGUCCAGGCUGCCUUGAAGUCGAUGCCCCCACCGCCCCCUGCCACACAGUCACCUCGUACGGCCGCCGCACUCCCUGCUGGACCCAUCGGCAACCCUCUUCUCGAUGCUCUCCGUGCUGCAAACAUAUUACCNUGCGUCGGCCAGUGCUACUCCUGUAUCUGCAUCAGGUCCUCCCCUCCUCCACCAACAGCCCCUGCCCCUGCACUGUCAAUCCUCCAACAGCUUCAAGGUCUUGCGCCAAAGUUGAGCGCUACACCUAUGCCACCUCCGGGUACACCUGCCAAAGUCCGCAUUCCCAUGAACGCCGCGGCCUUGAAGAGCUUCCGUCCAGAAGUCGUACACACCCUUUACGACGCACAGCCCAACCAAUGCACAACCUGCGGUCGCCGCUUCUUAUCCACCGAUGAAGGUCGUGCCCAGAAGGCUCGCCACCUCGACUGGCAUUUCCGCAGCAAUCAGCGUAUUGCCGACGCAGCUCUUGCUGCUGGCCUCACUCGCAGCUGGUAUAUCGAUGAGAUGGAAUGGAUCCGCCUGCGCGAAGUGGACGCCUCGUCAGCCGCCGUCGACACAAAUUCAACCGCCGCAACUGCUUCAAAGCCUGUCAGUGUGCGUGAGAGAUAUAUCCCCGCACCCACCGGAGCUGCAGCAAACGCUACUUGCCCGAUUUGUCAAGAAAAAUUCGAGCCCGAGUGGCACGAAGAUGCACAGGAGUGGGUGUGGAUGGACGCCGUCAAGGUUGGAGGUCGCGUGUUCCAUGCUUCGUGUCACGAUGAGGUCAAGAGAGCUAGUGGAGGCGACAGAGGCAGAAGCACUACUCCUGAUGCCGGUGUGCUUGGAAAACGAAAGGCCGAGGCCGAUUUGGCAAACUUGAGGAACAAGCUGAAGAGGGAGGUCGCUGCUUGA